GCAUGCAGCACUAGGUCUCAUCUUGCAUAAUAGCUAGUUGUGACAAAAAAGUACGCGUAUCAUAACUUUCAUAUUUAAUUUACUACUUGAUUGAUAAGAAGAUUAUUUUGAUACAUUGAACGAGAGCAUCAGAAAAUGGUCCAGCAAAGGUCCUCGCUUCUCUCUCUGCUUGCGGCAACAGCAUGCCUGUCGACAGGGACGAGAGCGGCUCUUUCGGAUGGGGCCGGACUUGGAUUCGGAUUAGAACCAGUGGAGCAUCCACCUAAAAAAGGAGCACCCGACUUCCUGUAUGUUGAAAGUGCAUUCGAAUGGGCGAAAUUUCAACGCUGGGCACUGCAAAAAUACCCAGCAGCAGCGCCGCUGGAGUGUAGGGACGCAGCGGUAGCCGAGGAAAACGCGCUGUUUUUCGUAAAUCUGGUACCUCAAUUACAAAUCUGUUUGUAAAAUAAACUCUUCUGUCCUUACCCUUCGACCUCAACUUCCUCAACUUGCACGAAGAUCAGGUUUAUUAGAUGGGUUUAGAAGCACUAAAAAUACAUACUCUUCUUUUCGCACGAGAAGUGAGUACUUACAACGAACAAUCAUGUGGCACUGAAGAUGUCGAGGCUAAUCGUCACUGGUAUCAAUUUAUUUAAGUAUAUUAUUUUUGGUGAUCAUUUCGGUGGUUCCCGUUGAAGGAUGAGAAAAAAGCACUAGCAACAACAAUUUUAUCUCAGAAGGAGAGCAGCAGUGGCGGGCGGCGAUUGGUGCCGGAGAAUUGCAAAAAGCUCUACCGUGAGUGGCAGACAAACGUGCAUAUGGUGAAGACGUCACAUGGUGGCAUUCAGGCAUUUUGCGAGUUGGGUGUGGUGGAAACGAUCACCAACGUGCUUCAGGGCAAACCAGCAGGGCUCGCGUUUGGUAAUCACGUGGAGAAAGUGCGUGUAGCACUCCCGCCUAGGCGAACAGGCCAGUGUGAGGCACCGACAUUGCCAGGAGCUGUCGAUGUAAGAAAGUAGAUGUAUCAACAAGUGGUCAUGUUAAUAGAAUUUUGAUGCUUUCUUCGGAAAUCUCUGCAUCAGAAAAUGAAUUGGAAUUAAUGAUGUUGAUAGAAGCGCACUCAGCUAUCUUAAUGCCCCUCGUUACAAUAGUAAUACAAGCUGCUUAUGCUCAAUCAUGAUUAAUCAUUAUCCGCAUGUUCAGGCCGAGCCGGUGACUGAGGAGCAGGUCGCCUCACCUGUGAGUGCGGCUGAUAUUUCUGCGGGUGUGGCUCAGCUCCGAGAUGACGGGGAGACCGAGGCAAGAGGGGCUAAACUCUCACCGAACGCUUUCAGUUGCGCUGAGGAUUCUGAAAGGCUAAAGUUAGGGUGCUCUUUUUCUACCCUUAGAAAUUUAUAGGCUAACGAGUAUUGCGUCAUAGACUGCCAUGAAGCUUUUAUUUUGGUGUAGUGAGUUGGUGAAGUCACUAGUAGUUGUAGAACACCUUAAGUUCGAUACCCGCUCUAAUGCUGAAGGAGACCGCCACAAACAGCAAAACACAGGAAGCCAAGGGGCGAAAGCGAGGGGCAAAGGAAGCAUUCAUGUCGAUUCUGGGUAGAGGGUGUAAGCGAAGGAAGCAAGAGCCAGUAGCGAAGAACCAGUUUCAAGCACACUUGUUUGGACCAGUCGAGGUAAGAAUCCUUGUCUGUUUGGGCGCAAAAUAUGGAAGAGCACACGAGAGUCAUGCUAUAUCCUCGUGUAAAAAUGCAGCGAUGAUGAAUCUUGAAUGUAUCCCAUACUUAUAAUUUCACCUUGACCUAGAUCUUGUGUUUCAUUCCACGCAGGAAAAUAAAGUGGUGAAGAAUGUCUUCCUGCUUGCAAAGCAUAAGGAGGGCCAGGAGAUCAUCGAGUUCUGCCUCGAGACUGCAGCCAAACAAAGCAAGAUUCUCCUCGACAUUACUGCGAAGUGGGAUAACGCUUUACGACUGAAGCCGUAUACGCGACUCUACAUGCGCAGUGCCAGCACAAGUACACUAAAAUAAGUACUAGAAAAAUAACCGGACAGUAAGGUCUCGCUGCAGUUGAUGGAGUUUCUAGUUAUUGAGUAAGUACGUGUUGGUCACAUUAUAUUUUGAACGUUCGGCAUUUAAUAUUUCGUCUCUUCAGAAGUCGUACGUCUUCGUCCUUUUUCUACUUCUAUAUCACAUCGUCGCACGACCACGAUGUAGGUCCAGAAGUUACUGCGUUAACGGAUUGGGUGUAUCGCAUCCCCAUAUCACCGUUUUCGACCACAGUGAAGGUGUCGCGAAAGCCAAUCACGACAGAGCUGGCAGACCCAGAACAAGUGGCAGAGGAGCAAUGGUAAUUUGAAUUUUUGCAUGCUUAGGCUUAUAGGCUAACGCUAAGUAAGGCUUCUUUGCUAGAUAUAAAAAAAUGAUUUGAAGCAGUGUUUUCUACAACGAUAUUAAGAUGCGAAGAUGUCAAAUUUCAAGAUAACUGUCUAAGGUUUGCAUCUAGAAGAAGUUCUGUCAUUCAAGCAGAUUUGUCAAUUCCGUCUUUUCAUGUCGUGAUUCUUCAGGUUGGAAGCUUACCGUGGCGAGUUUGUUGAGAAAAUGGUUGACUUAUCCCGCAGUGUGCACAAAGAGGACGGCUCGGCGUGGCAAAAAGUGAAAUGCGGGAUGAACAGUCCAGUGUGGCGUCAAUGGCUGACGAAAGUCAGCUCUGGAAAGAAGACAAAGAGAGAAAUUCUUCGAUGGACUCUCUACAUCGGAAUGGCAGUGGGGGCUAUGGCUCUGCGGGCAGGCAUCGCAGCCGCCCUCGCACCAUUGCUGCAGUCACCAGUAGAUAUCUAUGAUGAAAUCACUUACUUACAACUACUCUUAAUUACACACUGUGCAGUAACUCAUAAGCAGAACCAGGAAGUGAGGUAUCACUCUUUUAUGCAUGCAUCCUUUUACAUCCUAACUUCACAUCCUAACAUCUAAAAAGCGAUAUUUGGUGUGAUUCCGAAUGUUGUAACUGUGCCCUAUGCGAGCGCGUGGGUCCAUCGGGCGGGUCUUCCCAAGUUUUUCAUUCCGUCAUUUGUGAUCAAACUUCUGCAGUUUUUUCCGCGAGCCACUCAAAAGAACAUAGCCCUCGGGAUCAACCAAUUUCUCUCAAGGUGCUUACAUUUAUAUUGGAUCUGAAGUAAUUUGCUAAUAGAUAUUACUAGUAAUUUUGCAUGUUGAAGUAGAAGAUGACAAAAACUCUAGAUAGAAUCAAUCACUACUACUGCUGUACUAAUAGAUUGCAGAAGCCAUGAUGAUUAUGUUGAUGAAGCAUCUGUGGAUUGAUAUUCUCGUUGUAAAAACCAAACCAAAUACAGUUGGGGACAUUUGCUCAUCUUCGCUGUCUUCUAUGAUGCGCCAGGGCGUCUCGCUCAUCGAAUCUGGCCAGAUGGCGCACUCCCGUCCACAGUUGACGGCAAAAACAUUUCGGAUUUGGCAAAGAAGAUGGCAGAGUGGCGUUCCGAAAGCCAGCGCCUCGCCCCAGGAGACUAUGUUAUGGUAAGUGCUCCUCUUUUGUCCGAUUCGUUCUAUGCCUCUAGACUUUGUUGAUCGAUUCUGACAUUAAAACUCGUAAGUACCGCAAGCAGUUACACUCAUGGACACAAAUAACAAUAUAUAUAAGUAAGAUUAAGAACUUCUUUACAACGAGUGUGUUUUUCUGUACAGAAGAACAAAGGUGCGACGUGAAAUUCUUUUCUGCAUGUAUUCGGGCUGGAGAUGUAGGAAUUUCCAGGUUUGAUUCGAUGUGGAUGGGCUUAGCUAAGUGAUAGAUAGCGAAAAGAGACUACUUGCAAAAUGACGAUUCGAUUUACAGGUUCAGCGACAACCUUCGUUCUCGAAUCGCAUUCGAGGAAGCCUGUUUUGGGGUAGGCCUUAUCAAUAUCAGGCGGGCGACUAUGGAAAGGUGGUGAGCGUUCCAGUUCAGGCUCCUAAAGCAGAUGGCAGCGGACGAAUUAAAAUGUUGGACCAGAAGCCGUCGAGCAGAACUAGCAUUCUGUGGAGCAGCAAGCCUAUUGGUAUCGACGAAAAUGAGGGCAGCUUGGCUCCGAAGCGCUCCAAAACCUCAGGAGAGGCAGCUGAGAAGGACGAUGAGGCAUCGUCAACUUCUAAGGACGCGAGGACAACAAUUAAGGCUGACCCUGGUUCAUCUGAACAAGCAUCUUCAUUCUUGCUAUUUUUGUUUUCGCGUUGGUUUCUCGUCUGAAGAGAAACACGUCGAAAGACAACGAUGACUUGAUUCAAGAUGAAUGCAGGUGGUAAGCUCUAAAAUAAUCAUGCGCACGCACCGCCCACAGGAUUUGCAGAUCGUCAUGGGUGAAAGCGGUGGAGUCGUGAAACUGCUACCCAAGUGAAGAUAGAGAAAUGAAAAGAGAAAAAGCUGCUCACAUUAGCAGUUGUACCUGCAUCAAAACAAUCUAGGGAGAAAUACAGAGGCCCAUGGAGGGCGUAUGAUAUUAGAGGAGAAUUAUAUUCGGAUCAUCAGCACAUAUUAUUCAAGGGAGGAGAAUCUGCAUUUCUGUAUCGAUAAUAGUUUGCACUCAAGAAACCUGAAGAGUAGGUGACCGAUUUUUUACGAUUUUUAGGCGACAGGUUUAGGAAACCGAAAACGGAGAAUUGCUUGGUUCUUGUUCGUAGUUCUACUUGGUGUAUUGUGGUGAUGAAGCUUGCCUCGAUUUUACUAAGCAAAUACCUCAGACUGUUGACAGCAACAGCGCAUUGCGAGCAAAAAAUAUGAAGAUCUAGUUUUAUGAUGGGUCGCUGUAUCUCUCAGACUCAGAUAUUUAUACUUACUACAGUACAAAAGUGAAUCACGAUUCGCCUUGAGAGGAUGCGCACACAUAGGCGCGUGCGCGUGAGCUCUGUAUUACACAAUGAGUGGAGUACCACCAUAAUUGAUUCGCAUGGCCGUGGGUUGGUUCACACAACAGAUAGUGACCGAUGUUUUCUUAUGGCGGAUAAUACAUAGAUUAUAGAUAGGACGAGAAAGCAGCGUCUUUCUUGCCGUAUAUCGAUGUAAUCCCACCAUAGAGCAGACUUGCGGUGGCGGGUGUCUUAAUCUCUUCGAUCUAGAAGUACUGCUAGUCUAGUACCUACAAUGUUGUCAGCAUCGUAAGGUAGGUAGUCGAGCAAAUCGAAGGAUUCAUAUCAUGAAAGCACGCAACAGGGGUUGGCCAUUUCUUACGCUUACACAACACGCAAAAAUGACACGACUAAACAUAUUUAUAUAUAAUGACUGAUAUAUAGCGAUGAAGAGGUUCUUCUGGUGGAUCCAUUAGCAUAUGGAUAUGCAAACUACCUGCGUUUCGGUGCUGCACUAAUAUCGAUACAUUUUUCUGUUGCUGCGACGCACAAGAUAAUUGAUGUUCCUAUGUGAACAUCAAUAACCGAGUGUCUAGCUUCUCGAUUGCAAGAUUGAUUUGCAUCAGCAAACUUGCAGCCUGCUUAAUAAAAGGCAAGAUCAUAGCGCGCUCUGGCAAAUGAUCUCUUCGGAGUUUCUUCCAACAUCACGG